CUCCUAACACUACUCGGCUGUCGGCACAAGUCCGGGCCGGAAACCUGUUCGUAAGGGAAGAUAAGACCGGAUCAUUAUAACUCUCCUUCUAUUCCACCUUGACAUUCCCAUUUGAUUCUGAGCUCAACAUGGCCAUUGAACUAGCACCUAUCACCCUCCCCGUCUCUGCCAGUGCUAUCGAUUUUGACCCCAAUUUUGGUCGGGAAGUCAAGGGCGUGAACCCCGGCGAACUAACUCCUGAGCAAUUCAAGGAGAUCGAGACAGCAUUGUACACUCAUGGAAUCCUACUGUUCAGAGACGUCACUCUUACACCGGAACAACAAUAUGCUCUAACAAAGGCUUUUGAUCCCGAAUCAGAAUCAUACGGACAUGGCAACAACAAGACCCAGAACACCACGAAGUCUGUCCUUCACGCAGACCUUAAGACAAUUCCCCGGGUGCCCCAAGUUCAACUCAUCGGAAACGGCAGGGUCUAUAACCAUGAAGGCCUUGAAUCUGUUACUCUCAAACACCCCUCGCAUACGACCUUCCACAAGACCCGUGUCUCUACUGCAGACGAGGCCCUGGGCAUCACCCGGUUCUAUCGCUGGCAUAUCGAUGCUGCGCUGUACGAUUACAAUCCACCCCGUGCGACCACCCUCUAUGGCAUCACCGUGCCUGGUGGUGAUAGACAGACUGUGAGGUAUAGCGAUGACGAUGAUCCAUCCGGGGAGACCCUGUCUGUGCCUCUGGGCACCACAGCAUUUGUAUCAGGAAAGAAGAUGUUUCAGAUCCUGCCGCCAGAAUUGAAGAGCCUUGCCGUACGGGCUUCUGUUCGGUAUGCACCCCACCCUUACGUCUGGAUGGCACCUGCCCGUGCGAAGUCAGACGGUCUAGGAAUCGUGAACGAAGGUCUGGAAUUGCCACUGAACGAACUUCCAGAGUGGGAGGAAUCGAAAAUUAAAACGUUGCCUAUUCUGUGGAAGAAUCCUGUCACAGGCGAACUACAUUUCCAAGUUCAUCCUUGCGGUGCUCAUGAACUUAUCGUGAAACCCUUACCCCGUGGCGCUUCGCGUGAGGGUGCUUUAUACCCAGAUGGAGCACACAUAAAGGACCUUGGGAAGGUUCGCGAGCUUCUGCACUCGAUGCAACGGCCCGGUAUCGCCCCCGGGUUGGUGUAUCCUCACGAUUGGAAGGAACGCGAUCUCGUCUUGUUCCACAACCGCGGUUUGCUCCACACCGUCGUCGGUGCUUUCACGCCCGAUCAAGUCCGCGCAUUCCACCAGUGCAACCUCGCUGCAUCCGAUGUUCCCACUGGCCCUACGGAGCAGGAUAUCAUUACAUGGGCUUGAAUUGCAAUCACAUGACAGAGACACUUUGAUCAUUUGCAAUCGGAAGCAUAUAUUCGUACUAUGGGACUAUACGAUGUCGAUAUGACGCUCGCUUUUCUUGUGCAUAGACAGCUGUAUCAUGCAAUCGAUGUACUCAUCACACUGGAC